AUGGCUGAACAUUGGAAAUCAGCACCAUGUCACUGGUGCAAACAGUGCAAGAUCUUCAUUCGCGACACACCUUUCGAAAAGACCCAACACGAAGCAAGCCCUAAACAUCAAGGCAGCCUCAAGCGCUUCCUCAGACAAAUCCACAAGGACAAUGAACAACAACAGAGAGACUCACAACGCGCGAAAAGCGAAGUUGAGCGCUUGCGACAGGCUGUCGGCGGCGGAUCCGCGUCGGACAAGGACGCCGCACCACCAUGGAAACGAAACGCACAGCCAGCGCCAAAGGCUGCAGAACGCCCUGCUACAUUAGAGGAGCGAAAGAAACAGAUCGCACAGCUCGCAGAAAUGGGAGUCGCUGUUCCUGAAGAAUUCCGCCGCGACAUGGCCUUGGCCGGAGAAUGGCAGACCUUGUCCGAGACAAAGAUCGAGCCUACGCAGGGAAUAGAUGGACCUACAAAGUCAGUUGGAGUGCGCAAGCGCAAACACGAAGGUGAGGAAGAGGAGGAGGACGAACAUGCCCCAGAACCAAUCGUGAACAAGGGCUGGGGGUCGAGGACGAAGCAAUAUCCCGGCGCGCAGGAUGACGAGGACCUGGAUGACCUGUUUGCAUCCACUAAAGACAUCAAGAAAACGAAAACUUUCACGCCAAAGGUUGAACUAGAUGGACAGUAUACUACCACUGGAGAAGCCGAUGCUACUGCUAAGUCUGUUAAGAAUGAAGACGAGCCUACCAAGCUGGAGACUCAAGAGAAAUCCGCGACCGAGGUGAAGACCGAGGUGAAGACCGAGGAACCUUUGCAGGUUGCAGAACCAACAGAAGAGAAACCACAAACCGAAGACGCUACACCUGGAGUUGUUUUCAAGAAGCGCAAGCCUAAAACAAUGAGGAAAUGA